ACAGAAACAUUAUUAAUUAAUUCGAAUUGAUUUUGAUUUGAAAUGUCUUAAUAUGGUAAAGCAGAAUACUGGGAGGAACGAUACACAAGGUAAGAUCAAUGAAUGCAAAAUUAGGGAUCCUGAACCAUUUGAUUGGUAUUAAAGAUUUGCAGGUGUGAAAGAUUUAGUUUAAGGGUGUUUCACUCCAGAGAGUAAGCUUGUGAAUGUUGGAGCAGGGAAUUCAAGUAAUGAUAAUAUUUAAUGUGCAAGGAUUGAGUGAAGAAAUGUUUGAUGAAGGUUAUUAGAAUAUUACAAACAUUGAUAUAUCACAUGUAGUAACAAAAGCAAUGUAAGAGAAAUACAAAGAUAAGGGUCCAAAUUUCAAAUGUAAGAUAUUAGUUUGAACUAGAUUUGCAUAUGGAUGCAAGGGCUAUGGAUUUUGAGGAGGGAGUAUUUGAUGGAGCAAUAGACAAAGGGACUUUGGAUGCAAUUUUGGUAUAACUUUAAUAAAUUUGAAGUGUGGAGAGUCGUCUUCUGCGAAUGCUUAAAAAGUAAUUCAAGAAGUUCACAGAGUUUUAGGACCAAAAGGAAUAUUUUUUAUUAUUUCAUAUGGUUUACCUGAGCAUAGACUUUAAUACUUAGAAAAGCCUGAAUAUGAUUGGUACAAUGAAUUAGAUAUAAUUUAUACAGGAAUGUUGUAGUUAAAUAAGUUCACAAGCCAACGAUUUCAACUUCGAUUGCCAUUACAAAUGAGGAUAAAGAUGCUCCGAAUGUCCAUUAUAUAUAUAUUUGCACAAAAGUAGAUUAUUUUAUUAAAGAUUUAGGGAUAACCUAAAGGAGCUAAAUAAUGAUUAUGAAAUUAUAUAUAUAUAAUAGGC